AUGUCUUGCGCAAUCGUCUUCCUCCCAUCUACUGCUUCCUGUACUUGCAGUUGCAGAGUAACAACUCCAUGGCGUUUCCUCAGUCCAACGUCGUUUCAGAAGCUUCAAAACGGGGCAUUUCGCUGUCUUAAUGAGAAUAUCAGGAAGAAGAAACUCUAUCUUCCCCGUGGAUUUCCUUUGGACCUCUCCCCUCCUCCUAUUGACUAUGACCCCCUCGAUGCAACAACGGCUGCUGAGGCAAAGGUAGCAGAUCACACGAAAAAUGAAACUUUUGAUAAUGACGACGAGGCAUUGGAUGCGAUUGACAAUGGUGUUGUGGUUGUGGAUCUUUCUGAUUAUGGCCGGAUUAGAGUCAGCGGAGAAGAUCGAGUUCAGUUUCUUCACAAUCAAAGUACCGCAAACUUUGAAUGUCUUAGUGAAGGACAGGGGUGUGACACUGUUUUUGUGACACCAACAGCUCGAACAAUUGACAUUUCUCAUGCAUGGGUUAUGAAAAAUGCAAUUACGCUGGUGGUCUCUCCUGUGACCUGUGGAAGCAUUAUUGAAAUGCUUAGGAAGUACAUAUUUUUUGCAGACAAGGUAGAGAUUCAAGACAUCACUAAGCGGACCAGCAUGUUUGUAUUAGUGGGACCUAAAAGCAGCAAAAUACUGGUGGAUUUGGAUCUUGGAGACCUUGUUGGACAGCCGUAUGGAUCUCAUAAACAUUACAGUGUUAGUGGAAUGCCAUUGACUGUAGCUGUGGGAAAUGUUAUUUCACAAGAAGGUUUUACAUUAUUGAUGUCUCCAGCUAUUGCUGAAUCAGUCUGGAAGGCUCUUCUAGGUCAGGGUGCAAUCCCCAUGGGCUCUAAUGCUUGGGAGACAUUAAGGAUUCUUCAAGGAAGGCCAGCUCCUGGCAAAGAACUCACGGAUGAAUUUAAUGUUCUAGAGGCUGGUCUCUGGAGGUCUAUUUCUUUAAAUAAAGGAUGUUACAAAGGACAAGAGACUAUUUCUAGACUCGUAACUUAUGAUGGCAUCAAGCAGAGAUUGUGGGGAAUUCGCCUACCGUCUCCAGCAAAACCAGGCAGCUUCAUUACAGUUGAUGGGAAAAAGGUUGGCAAACUGACAAGCUUCACUGCUGGUAGAAAAGCGUCUGAGCCUUUUGGGUUAGGCUAUGUCAAGAGGAAAGCAGCUUCAGAAGGAGACACGGUGAUUGUUGGUGAUAAUAUUGUCGGUACGCUAGUAGAAGUUCCCUUUCUAAGAGAACAACUUUUGCCAUCAUAA